AUGUACACAGCGUCGAGCGCCUUUUUCGAGGCCAUCUGGGAUGCCGGCGUUACUCACUGCUUUGUCAAUCUGGGCUCCGACCACCCCAGCUUCAUCGAGGCCAUGGUCAAAGGCCAACGCGAAAACAGAGACAAAUUCCCUCGCAUAAUCACCUGUCCUAACGAAAUGGUCGCCAUGUCCAUGGCCGACGGCUACGCCCGUCUCUCCGGCAAGCCGCAGUGCGUCAUUGUCCACGUCGACGUCGGCACGCAGGCCCUUGCCGCCGCCGUCCACAACGCCUCGUCCGGCCGCGCGCCCGUCUUCGUCUUUGCCGGCCUCUCGCCCUUUACCCUCGACGGCGAGCACCGCGGCAGCCGCACCGAGUACAUCCACUGGAUGCAGGACGUGCCGGACCAAAAGGCCAUUGUCGCGCAGUACUGCCGCUACGCCGGCGAGAUCAGGACAGGCGCCAACGUCAAGCAGCUCGUCAACCGCGCGCUGCAGUUUGCCGUGUCGGAUCCGCAGGGGCCGGCGUACCUGUGCGGCGCGCGCGAGAUAAUGGAGGCCGAGAUUGCGCCGUACACGCUGCGGCAGAGCGACUGGCUACCGGUCGAGCUGGGCGGGCUGCGGGACCAGGCGGUGGUGGACAUUGCGAAUGCGCUGGUGGGCGCGCAACGGCCUCUGGUCAUUACAGGCUACGGCGGCCGCAACCGCGAGUUUCCAGGUGCUUUGGAGAAGCUCGCCAGCGUGCUAGGGAAUCUUCAGGUCCUCGACACCGGCGGCAGCGACAUGUGCUUUCCAGCGACAAACCCGGGCUGGAUGGGCAUGCGUUUUGGUGUGGAGGAGUGCAUCGAAAAGGCCGAUGUAAUUCUGGUCAUCAAUUGCGAUGUGCCGUGGAUUCCUACCCGCUGCAAGCCGAAAGACGAUGCUGUCGUUUUUCACAUUGAUGUUGAUCCCCUGAAGCAGAUGAUGCCCGUGGCCUACAUCAAGGCACAGGCCAGAUAUCGUGCCGAUGCAGUCCAGGCCGUCUUGCAGAUUGUCAACAAGUUGCAGAGUGACUCGACGAAGCCCCGUCUCCAAUCCCGAGAUAUCAUGCAACACCAGGAACGAGUGAGGCAAGAGUACGAGGCACGACUGGCCAGAAUAGCACAGGCCGCCAAGCCUUUGGACAGCGGCACGUUUGGGGCCGGCCAUCUGUGCAGCCAGCUCAGAGCGCUGUGUCCCAAAGACACCAUUUGGGCCAUCGAGGCCGUUACCAACACGCCCUUUGUGCACGACAACAUCCAGGCCGCGCUGCCCGGCUCCUGGUUCAACUGCGGCGGCGGCGGCCUCGGCUGGUCCGGCGGCGGCGCGCUCGGCAUCAAGCUUGCCACCGACGCCGAGCAUGGCGGCCAGGGCAAGUUUGUCGUGCAGAUUGUCGGCGACGGCACGUACAUGUUUUCCGUGCCCAGCAGCGUGUACUGGAUAUCCAAGCGCUACAGCAUCCCCAUCCUGACCAUUGUGCUCAACAACAAGGGCUGGAAUGCACCACGCGCCUCGUACGACCUGGUGCAUCCGGAAGGACUGGCGCAGACGGCAUCGAAUGACGAGAUUAAUAUUGCGUUCAACCCGACGCCCGACUACGCGGGGAUUGCCAAAGCCGCGGGGUGCGGUGAUAUUUUCGCAGGAAAGGCGGGCAAGUCGGCGGUGCUAGACUGUGCGGUUGUGCCGGGUUGCUAG